UACUCUUGUAUCGUAGUAAUGAAAUGAUGGGUGAUGUGUAAAAUUAAUGUACCUACUUGUAAUUAUUAUCAGAACAGAAUAAAUUAUUAUCAUCGAAUUUUUAUUAAUAAAUGUGUUAAUAAAUAGCAUUAAAUAUAAGAAAAACAAUUAAUGUGGGUUCAGUCAUUACUGAGUGCUCAGUGUGAAAGCUUAAGCUAUGAUGGACAGUAAUGAUUUGGGAUCUGAGGCUAAGAGAGGUUUUAUAUCUCAAGGAUGGACGCGUAUUUCGCAGAUCUAUCAGGGCUUACUAGAUAAAUGGACUCCUCACAUGAAAAGUCGAUGGGCAGCAGCUAUUAUUCUGUUGCUUGCAUUUGUUCUCCGAAUAUUUUUGAUGCAAGGAUGGUAUAUAGUAACAUAUGCACUAGGAAUUUAUCAUUUAAAUUUAUUUAUUGCAUUCCUGACACCAAAGAUUGAUCCAGCUAUGGAUUUAGAUGGCGAUGACGAGAAUGGUCCAGCACUGCCAACGAGAGCUAGUGAAGAGUUUCGACCAUUCAUAAGACGACUGCCCGAAUUUAAAUUUUGGCUAUCAGUCAUCAAAAGCACUUUAUUUGCAUUUUGCUGUACAUUUAUUGAUGCAUUCAAUAUUCCAGUAUUUUGGCCUAUAUUAGUAAUGUAUUUUAUAACGCUAUUUUGUAUUACAAUGAAGAGACAAAUCAGGCAUAUGAUCAAGUAUCGGUACCUUCCGUUCACACACAGCAAGCCAAAGUAUAAAACAGUGGAAUCAACUGUAUCAGUGAACUGACCACAGAGCAUGUUGAGUAAAUCUAAAGAACUGUUGUAUGCUAAUAUUCUAGAAAUACAGUUUAUAUUGUAAUGUU